UAGCCGGAUCCGCUUUUCUCUGCUGCCCGCAGGCUGCGCGGCUGCUGCUGAAUAGCUGAUGGCCAGUGUUCAGGAGACACGGCGCUCCGAGCUCUCCCCGAACAGAAGUGGGUCCAUCCAGAGGCUUUUGGUGACCGUUUGCACAGGGACGCAGCCGCAUUGCCCGAGUCCUCAUUGCUCCCUGAUCCUGAUCAUCGGCGGACAUCAGAGUUUUAGUCCCCGCCGACGUGUCCCAAGGUCCCAAGGGGCCUUGCGCAAGCACGGUCUCGGGCCGAGGGCCUCCUGCGCCGAUGUGUUGCAGGAUACCUGCUGAGUGGCAUACGUUUCUCUCUCGGGGCUCCAGUCGGUUUGCCUAACCAGACUUCGACCCCAGCCUGGGCAUGAUGACGGGCAUCGCACCCAUGAACCCUCUGAUGCCUGGCCUCAGCAUCGUUCCCCCGCCCAUCUCGCAAGACAUGCCUGUCGUCAAGGAAAUCAUCCACUGCAAGAGCUGCACUCUGUUCCCUCCGAACCCCAACCUUCCGCCUCCUGCCACCAGGGAGCGCCCUCCCGGCUGCAAGACAGUGUUCGUGGGCGGCCUGCCAGAAAACGCGACGGAACAGCUCAUCGUGGAGGUGUUUGAGCAGUGCGGUGAGAUUGCUGCCAUCCGCAAAAGCAAGAAGAACUUCUGUCACAUCCGCUUUGCCGAGGAGUACAUGGUGGACAAGGCCCUCUUCCUGUCCGGGUACCGGAUCCGGCUGGGCUCCAGCACCGACAAGAAAGACACGGGCCGCUUGCACGUGGACUUCGCCCAGGCGCGGGACGACCUCUACGAGUGGGAGUGCCGGCAGCGCAUGCUGGCCCGUGAGGAGCGCCACCGCCGCCGCAUUGAGGAGGACCGUUUGCGGCCGCCCUCACCGCCCCCCAUCGUCCAUUUCUCGGAGCACGAGUGCAGCCAGCUGGGCGAGAAGCUCAAAGACGACUCCAAGUUUCCUGAGGCCAUCCGCGUGCUCCUCACCUGGGUGGAGCGCGGCGAGGUGAACCGCCGCAACGCCAACAACUUUUACUCCAUGAUCCAGUCGUCCAACAGCCACAUCCGGCGGCUGAUGAACGAGAAGGCGGCUCACGAGAAGGAGAUGGAGGAGGCCAAGGAGAAGUUCAAGAACGCCCUGGCCGCCAUCCUGGUGCAAUUUGAGCAGAUUGUGUCUGUAUUCCACGCUGCUUCCAAACAAAGAGCAUGGGACCAUUUCUCCAAAGCCCAGCGCAAGAACCUGGACAUGUGGCGCAAGCAGGCCGAGGAGAUCCGGAACAUCCACAACGAGGAGCUGAUGGGCAUCCGUCGGGAGGAGGAGAUGGAGAUGUCGGACGAUGACAUGGAGGACGCUCCGGAGAGCAAGGACUCCGACGACUCGGGCCCGGCAGCACAGGUCGAGGCCCUGAAGGAGGAGAACGACAGCCUGCGCUGCCAGCUGGACGCCUACCGCAAUGAGGUGGAGCUACUGAAGCAGGAGCAGGGCAAGGCCGUGUCGCAGGCGCCACGCACCGAGGAGGAGGCCACGCGGCAGCAGCAGCUCAGCUUCCUGCAGCAGGCACUGCAGGGCAUGCAAAAGCAACUGCUGAAGCUGCGCGAGGAGCUGAAGCAGCGGGAGGUGGAGCUGGAGAAGAGCAGUGAGGAGAAGCAGCAGCUGGAAAGUCAGGUGCACAGUCUGCAGGAGCGAGUCCUGGCGUUUCCCCUGGCGAAUGCAAACACGUUGGAGGCGGCCGAGGCACUGGACAGGGAGACGGAGGAGGGCGCUAAUCAGAGCAGCGACGGGGCCGCCUUAGCCGUGGUCUCCUGCAGCCAGGAGAAGGAGAACGCCCCUGAGAAGAGCCCCCCCAGCCCAGUCAAGUCUGAGAGGGAGGCUCUGCUUGUCGGCAUCAUCUCAACAUUCCUGCACGUGCACCCGUUUGGCGCCAGCAUCGAGUACAUCUGCUCUUAUCUGCAGCGCCUCGACACCAAGAUCGGGCCCCCGGAGGUGGAGGCCCUGCUGGGCCGACUGCCCUGCACCUUCCGCCAGGAGCUGACGGGCGUGGGAGCAAGUUUGGAAAAGAGGUGGAAGUUCUGCGGCUUUGAGGGCAUCAAGACCGCGUAGGGGCGGGGCCUGGGGGGGCAGGGACAAGGAAACAGGGAUUUGAGCAAACCCCCCCAUCCCACUCGGUGGCGGCUCAGGAUCAUCGAGGCAGGGAGAGACGAUCAGGGUCCUCGGCCGGCUUCGUCCCUACAGCCGCUUUCUCUCCUUGGCUCUCGUCUCCUCGCUAAUUUAUAGGUUCUGUAUAAAUGAAGUGAAGGUAUUUUACUUUGUUUCUUCGCUCUACAGGAUGUGAACUGUUUCUCCACCUCUUUCGUUUGUACACAGAAUGUGAGCUGAACGAGCGCAGAUUGUUUUGAAAAAGCAAAAAUCCGAAAAGGAAAAAUGUUUUCUUUUUCUGCUGCUGGCGUGAGGUGCUGGUUUAGCUGGGGUGACUCUACAGUGUGUGUGCGUGUGCGUGCGCGAACGCAAACACGCAUCGUUGGGUGCACCCAGGUACAGAGUCCGGGGGUCCAAGUGGCUUCAAGCCUCACCCACGGAGUCCUGCGUUACUCAGCAGGAGGGUUUCUACACAGUCACACACUGCUCACACACAGUUCAUACUCUGCUCACACGCACCUCACACACUGGCCUUUGCUCAACGAUGCAGGACCUCAGCAAAACCAGGGAAACCAGGAGCCUUUUCCUCCAGGUGGUCCGUCCUCCUGAAAUACUUGGCAAGAAAAGUGUGCCGGUGCCUCGGUCAUCUGGCGGCAGGUUCAGCGUUUACCACAGGUGCACGCUUCCCACGUUGCAACUGUCAUCUCAACCAUAGCGCCACCGCAGACGCUCGCUCGGUAUCGGUGCUGGCGAUGGGUUAUGCUGCUGUUUCAGUGGCUGGGAAUCAUGUCAGUCUUCG